UAAACAUUCCACCAUACAUCCGAAGCCGAAGCCUCACCGGAGAUGCUUGGCGUCCUUACGUCAUAGAAACCAAAUCUUAACUCCGCCUGCCGCCAGUUUAUUUUUGACCUUAUCCCUCCGCUCCGCGCCCUCAAUCGUACACAGACCAGAUCCCACACGACCGCCAUGUUCGCCCGCACCGCAUUCUCCACCGUUCGCUCUAUCGCCCGUGCGGCGCCGCUCAAGCAGGGCAUGCGCAGCUACUCCGCUCCCGCCGCCGGCGAAGAGAAGAAGUCGCACGCGCUUUUGUACUCGUUGGUGCUUGCAGGUGGCGCGGGUAUCGGCUACUACUUCUACGCGGCGGGCAGCCUGCCCUCCGCCGCAAAGCCUUUGCCGCCGGCGAUCCCGGCGCUCACUGGCGACGGCGCGUGGGUCGACCUGAAGCUCGCGAAAAUCGAGCAGGUUACGCAUAACACUAAGAAGCUGCGCUUCGAGCUGCCCAGCGAAGACCACGUCUCCGGCCUCAAGGUCGCGUCGUGCCUGCUCACCAAGUACAAGGGCCCCAACGACCAGAAGCCGACGAUCCGGCCGUACACGCCUGUCUCCGACGAGGGGGAGCGGGGGUACCUCGAUCUCAUCGUCAAGAAGUACGAGGGCGGCCCGAUGUCCAGCCACAUGCACGACAUGAACGUCGACCAGAUGCUAUCGUUCAAGGGCCCGCUGGUGAAGUACGAGUGGACGCCGAACAAGCACGAGCACGUCGCGAUGAUCGCCGGUGGAACGGGGAUCACCCCCAUGUACCAGAUCAUGCGCGCGAUCUUUAGUAACCCUGAGGAUAAGACUAAGGUUACACUCGUGUUUGGAAACGUCUCCGAGCCCGAUAUUCUCCUGAAGAAGGAGAUGGCUGAGCUAGAGAAUACUUACCCCCAGCGCUUCAGGGCGUUCUAUGUCCUUGAUAAGGCCCCGAAGGAUGCUGGCUGGGCGACGGAGGGCUAUGUCACUAAGGAACUGCUGAAGACGGUCCUGCCAGAGCCUAAGUCGGGGAAUAUCAAGGUCUUCGUCUGCGGACCGCCAGGCAUGUACAAGGCGAUCUCGGGCAACAAGAAGUCGCCGUCGGACCAGGGCGAGAUUGCGGGAUACCUGAAGGAUCUGGGUUACACCAAGGAGGAUGUCUUUAAGUUUUAGAGCGUUAUACCUAGUGUCUGGCGGCUAGAUGGCGAGAUGGCGAGAUGGCUAUGUAGAUGGCGAGAUACCCGAGCGUACUUACAUACAUACUUGCCUGUGGGAAUUUCACUUGGAUACUACCGUAUAAAUGUCGUUGCUGUGCGAUUGGCGAGGCAUGAUUGUGGUUCGGUGCGAUUGUGG